AUGAUAGCACGAUUAUUACUAUAUUUGCUUCCGUUCGGAUUAUUUGCCAUAUUGUUACCAAUGGGAAGUAAUGCACAAUCAUGUGGUCCCGGAACCUAUCAAACAACCAUUGGCAAUUCAUCGGUUCAAGUUUGUUUGAAUUGCUCUGCCGGUACUUACGGUCCGUACUACGGACUUUCUAGUUGUUAUACAUGUCCUGCCGGUUACUAUUGUCCGGCUGGAGCAACCACAACAAACGGAUGCCCUCCAGGAACAUACCAACCGAAUCUAGGCGGUACCUCGAUACAGGCUUGUUUAAAUUGCACUGCUGGUACUUACAGUUCAUACUACGGAUUUUCGACCUGUAAUACAUGUCCUGCUGGUUAUUAUUGCCCGGCUGGAGCAACCACCAUAAAUGGAUGCCCUCCAGGAACCUACCAACCGAAUCUAGGCGGUACCUCGAUACAGGCUUGUUUAAAUUGCACUGCUGGUACUUACAGUUCAUACUACGGAUUUUCGACCUGUAAUGCAUGUCCUACUGGUUUUUACUGCCCAGCUGGAGCAAAUAGUACAAGCGCAUGUCCUUCAAGAAGCUACCAACCAAUUGCAGGUAGUUCUUCGGCUCAAGCUUGUUUGCAAUGUCCUAUAGGUACCUACAGUUCUUACCCGGGAGCAUCAAUCUGUUCCAAUUGUCCAAUUGGUUAUUAUUGUAAUGCAUCUGGUGUAAGCACCCCGACCCCGUGUCCUGCAGGAACCUAUCAACCAAUUUGGGGUCGCGUCUCUAUACAAAGUUGUUUGCAAUGCCCUAACGGCACUUAUAACCCCAACACCGGACAAUCGAGCUGCUCCGUCUGCCCUAGUGGUUCUUAUUGUACUUCGGGUGCUAGUAGUCCAACACCGUGCCCUAUUGGAACUUAUCAGCCAAGCACAAGCAGCUCCUCGGCUCAGGCUUGCUUGAAUUGUAAUGCGGGUACUUCUAAUACAAUGGCUGGACAAUUAAGCUGCUCAGUAUGCCCUAUCGGUUAUUAUUGCGAUGGAUCUGGGAUAAACAACGUAAAACCAUGUCCUUCUGGAACGUAUCAACCAGUACCGGGUAGCACGUCAUCUAAUGCAUGUCUCAACUGUCGUGCUGGUACUUACAAUCAAAAUACUGCUCAAUCGGUUUGUACGAGUUGCUCUAGUGGCUACUAUUGCAAGGCUGGUGCAAGCAGCCAGGAAUCUUGUCCUACAGGAACCUAUCAGCCCAUCAUGGGUGCCACAUCGGCUCAAGCUUGUUUGAAGUGUCCCAACGGCACGUACGCUUCAAAUAUCGGACAGCCAAAUUGCCUCACUUGCCCUAGUGGUUACUAUUGUUCAGCAGGUGCAAGCAAUGCUGAACCAUGCCCCUCCGGAACCUAUCAGCCCAUUGAAGGUAGUAUUUUGGCUAGCGCUUGUUUACCAUGCCCAAGCGGUACUUAUAAUCUGAGAACUGGGCAACCGAGUUGCUCCAUUUGCCCUAGCGGUAGCUACUGUAUGGGUAAUUCAAGUACCUUCCAAACAUGUCCUACAGGAACUUAUCAACCACUUGUGGGAAGUAGUACGGUGCAAGCCUGCUUAAAUUGUUCUCUUGGUACUUACAAUCCAAACUCUGGAGCGUCAUCUUGCUCGAGUUGUCCUGCAGGUUCUUAUUGUAACAUGCCUGGAGCAAGCAAUGCACAAUCAUGUCCUUCUGGUACUUAUCAGCCAAGCGGAGGCGCUAUCUCUGUUCGAGCCUGCUUAAAUUGUCCAAAUGGCACUUACAGUACAAGUGCUGGAAUGUCUUCCUGCUACAGUUGUCCUAAUUACUAUUAUAUUUAUUGUGCAUCUGGGCCCAACAUAACAGUACCCUGUCCCACAGGGACCUAUCAAAGUUUUACGGCUAAUACUUCGAGCUCUACUUGUUUAAGCUGCCCUGUUGGCACCUACAAUCCAUCAACGGGACAAUCAAUUUGUUUGAGAUGUCCCACUGGUUAUUAUUGUGAUGUAGCGGGUGCAAGCAAUGUAAAAAUGUGCCCUAGUGGAACCUAUCAGCCAAUUCCCGGUGCUGCGUCGAUUCAAGCUUGCUUGAGUUGCCCCAGGGGCACUUACAAUUCAAAUCCUGGACAAUCGAGUUGCUCCAGUUGCCCUGUUGGUUAUUAUUGUGGAACUAGAUCCACCAACAUUCAACCAUGCCCUUCGGGAACAUAUCAACCAAUACCUGACAGCGCCACUGCUAAUUCAUGUUUGACUUGUCCUGUGGGCAAUUUUAGUCCAUCGCCUGGACUGCCCAGCUGCUCAGGUUGCAGUUCGGGUGCUUAUUGCAAUGGAAAUGGAAGUAGUAGUGUAAAAUUAUGUCCUUCUGGGACCUAUCAACCAUUUACGGAUGUUCUUACGGCUCAAUCAUGUUUGAGUUGUCCAACUGGGAGUUAUAAUCCGUCAGCUGGGCAGAUCAAUUGCUACAUUUGUCCUGCUGGCUAUUACUGUGAUGAAACUGGAGCGAGCAGCGCUGAAAUUUGUCCUUCUGGAACUUAUCAACCAACUCCAGGUGGUGUCUCAGCUCAAGCCUGUUUAAGUUGUACAAAUGGUACCAACAAUGCAUAUCCUGGGCAGCUGACUUGCAACUAG